GCAGGUGCAAAGCUAGCUCCGUCUGUCUGCACGCCUCCCCUGCUGUGGUCCUGGAAUACAAGAAGACACCGCUCUGGAAAAUAUGCUGUUCUGCCACUCCCAGCCUGAGUCCUACCACCAGCACUCUGCUAGUUACAUUAGAGAGGCCCUGGCACCUUUCUUGAAAAACGAAGAAGCGAGGCUUAUGGCUGAAAAUGUUGCCAAGAGGAGCCCAUUCCAGUACAUUCUGUGUGCAGCCAGCUCGCCGGCUGUGAAACAGCAGGAGGAGACUCUCACUUAUCUCAACCAAGGUCAGUCCUACGAAAUCCGUAUGCUUAACAGAAAACUAGUGGAGUAUACAGAUAUAAGCUGCAAAUAUGUAAAGAGCAUUGUGCGCGUGGUGUUUCAUGACCGUCGGCUGCAGUAUAUGGAGCACCAGCAGCUGGAGGGGUGGAGGUGGAACAGACCUGGAGACCGAAUCCUGGAUAUAGAUAUCCCAUUGUCAGUGGGGAUACUGGAGCCCCGCUCACACCCUCUGCAUCUCAACACCAUUGAGUUCCUCUGGGAUCCUGUCAAGAAGGCUUCUGUUUUCAUCCAGGUCAACUGCAUCAGCACUGAGUUCACCCCCAGGAAGCACGGUGGGGAGAAAGGAGUGCCCUUUCGUAUCCAGGUGGACUCUUUCACCGCCAAUGAACACGGGGAAUAUAUGGAGCAUGUCAACUCGUCCAGCUGCCAGGUUAAAGUCUUCAAGCCUAAAGGAGCUGAUCGCAAACUGAAGACAGACAGGGAAAAGAUUGAUAAAAAGGCCCACCAAGACAGAGAGAAGUACCAACCGUCCCACGAGAACACCCUGCUGAAAGAGUGUUCCCCGUGGCCUGAUGCCCUGAAUCCCACCAGCCACAGCAGCAGCAGCACUCCGUCACCAGUUUACCACAGCUCACCAACUUCCUGUAGUUUCACAGAUGGCAACUGUUCUCCAACCCAGCAAGGGGAGCUGCUCAUGCCCGCCUGCUCCGAUCACCUCCUGCCAACGUCCUCGCCGCAGGACACUCAGCAGUGGCUGCAGCGUCACAGGUUCUCACCGUACUCCAGGCUCUUCUGCAGCUUCUCAGGUGCUGAUCUGUUGAGGAUGAGCAGGGAGGAUCUGAUCCAGAUCUGCGGUCCAGCAGAUGGUAUUCGCCUCUUUAACACAAUGAAAGGAAGGUGUAUACAGCCCCGUCUUUCCAUCUAUGUGUGUCAGCAGCAGGCCAGACAUCAACCUGCCGUUAAGCCAGGGGGUGGAGACAUCUACCACGCUCUGUACCUGGACGAGCUGACGCUGUUGGACCUCUCUGAAAAGAUCGCUAUGCUGUACAGCAUCCCUCCGCAGCAAAUUACACACAUCUACAGACAAAAGCCCACCGGGAUCCACGUCUUAGUCUCUGAUGAGAUGGUGCAGAACUUCAGGGAGGAAACAAGCUUCAUCCUCAGCACUAUAAGAGAUGAAAGCACAGAUGGCUACCACGUUGUGUUGAAAUGACCAGCAAAGUUUCCUCUGAGAAUCAGGGGAAUUGUACAGCUUGUAUAUAAGUCCUUCUAGACUACAAUAUGUAACAUUUACUAAGAUUUACAGCACAGUAAAAUGAUGUUAAGAUUUGUUUACUGUUGGUUUUGUGGUUUUGUUGAGUUUUCUUUGAUAUUCCUGUUUUAUUUGUGAUAUUAAGUUACUGAUUCAUGCUCGAUGUGGCUUGUGAUUAGAGGUAAAUGCUGCUGUAUUACUCCGCACAUGCGUGUACAUGUAUUACUCCGCACAUGCGUAUACAUUUUUGGCUUAAACACCUAUAAAUGCAAGUUGAUAAUAAAGCAGAGUAAAUAUCACACAUUAUGAUGCCGACAAAUAGAAAAGACAAAUGAACAAAACUGUAUUAUGUUGUUUUAAUGUAAUGCGAUGUCCUUGCUCUAUUUUCAUUGCUUAACCCAAAUAUGAAAUGCUGUCAUGUAAUCUCUUUGCUGUUUCUGUUGCAUAUAUGCUAUAUCUAUAUCUGUUAUAGUAGUUAGUUAGGUGUAAAAGUGAAUGUGCAUGCACAUAGGCUUGAUGUAUGUUUAACCAGAGACACUAUGUUGCAGUCUGGAGGAUGAUUGUACCCGUCAUGGCUCUUUGAUCAGUGAAUUUCACUCAAAAUAAAGUAUU